AUGUUCAGCGAUCUUCACAGUCAAUCAUCUCUGGUCUUGCUGGAAGUUUUGGUUAUAGCUGGUCUGGCUUUCUUGCCGCUCCUCCUAGCCCAGCAGUUUCCGCUCCACAAAACUCUCUAUGAGUCGUUUGGAUUGACCUUGAACUGCUUUGAGGCGCUCAACACCACUCUCAACUGCUCGGGUCAGCUGACAACCCAAGUCAGAUUCAAGUCCCCCAAGAUUAACGUUCUUAACGCCGAUGGAGUCAGAUUCAUUUGCACUGCAGAAUGCAAGCAGUUACUUCAAACCCUUCAAUCCAAGACCCAGAAUAGCUGCAAACCUAGAAUAGAUAUUUUUAACCAUAACUUGGUGCUCUACCCAGGUCUAAGUUGUGUCAACAACUUCUACAUCUUUUUGCCAUUCUUCCCUCUAAUUCUAGAGAUAAAGGGCGAACAAAGACUGCAGCCACCCACGUAG